AGAGGUUGCCCUGACUCAGCCACGAACAUGUCUGCUUCUUGCAUUUCCCUAAUGGGGCCGUUGGUCUUCCGGAGCCUCCAGUAAGGGAGUGGGGAAUAUUAUUAUGAUGAUGACUUUGGAAAAUGAGAGUAAGAUCACCUGCUUCUGACCAAGCCACCAGUUUAAGACCAUGUCACAUUCCCCCCAAGGGUGGCCUCCACCAUUUCCGCCCCCACCAAGGCUCUUCCGGGCCUGGGCACUGGAGAAGCUGCAGGCAGGGUGCUUCCUGAGAGGCCUGCAGAUCUUCUCCCCACCCCCAGCCAGUUCAGGUGAUUCUAUCCCAGUCUGGGUGGCGCUGUCCUUCAAACUGAGCCAACCUUCCUCCCAGGGCAAGAAAUGUGUGUUCAGGGAAGGUGUUUAAGAACAGAACCAUCUUAAAUGAAUGAAUGGAAGGACAGAUGAGGAAUGAGUGAACAGGCUGACGACCAGCCCAGAACGUGCUUUGCAGUGGGUGACGGUGGUAUCCAGGGCCCGCAGAGGCCUGCGCACGAUUCUCUGUGACAGUCAUGUUAGCUGGAGGCUGGAUUCCGAGACAGCACGGAUUUAAGCUUCUCACUGUUGGCGGAAAUGGCCUGCUACCAGUCACUUGACCAAACACGUCAUAUGAAUUAUGCACGCCGCCUUCUCCUCUCCCCAACCUGGACCCCAACAGUCUCCUACUUCUUGGGUGGACAACUCAUUCGGUUUGCCUGGAAUUUUCCCAGUUUCGGCACAAAGAGAACUUUGAUGAGGACCCUGCUCAGUCCCAGGCAAAUCAGAAAAGCACCAUAGAAACUGAAGAGAGUUGCUUUUGUGAGUUUCUUGAAUGGGGACAACUGCCAGACAAACUUCAGUUUGGGUAGCAGCACCAAGACCCUAAAGGCAGACCAGGAACCCAGACAGCCACAUGCUCCGUAGGAAAGGACGGACUGACUCGUUUGGUCUUCGGGGACACGAUGACCCGCUCUCACUGAGGAUGGGCCAUGGGAGGAGGAGUGCAUGUGCUUCCUGCUGGGGCUGUCUGGACGGUAGCCGAGGGCCAGCAGACCUGGGUUUGGUCUCAGCGCAUCUGUUAAAUAGUGUGCGACCUCAGCAGGUGGUUUCUGCUUUUUGCCUCGAUGCCCUCAUCAAUAAAAUGUGGUGUUUUGUGUCAGGGAUUAGCCCACUCCCGCCUAAGCCAUUCCUGCGUGUUUUGCUCUCUAGGAAAAAGCAGAAGGCCUUUGGGAGGGCGGAGAAGGUGCCUCCCCCACAGGUAAGGAGGCAGAGUGCAGCCGGGCGGGCUCUUCUCAACAGGGCGGGGAGCAAGCUUCCCAGGCACAAGACUGUACUCACCCCCACAGAGCAAGGGCCACCGGCAUUGAACAAUGAGGCUAUUAGCGUUCACUCUCCUUAGCAAGGGCAAGCUUCAGCAGAUAAAAUCCUGCUUCUUGUAAAACAGAGCCCAGGCAGGGAUGGGAGCAGGAAGGAAAGAAUGGAUAGCUCAGGGCAUCCUGAAGGAGUCAACGGGCGUGAGCGCGAGGAAGGUUCUGGAAAGGGUGGCAAAGUGUAGCCCUCCCCAAAGAAAUGAUGUCUGGGACUCUGACCAGCUGGGGUAACUUAUCCCACGAACGUUGCGCGGGUCUUCUGUUUCCACUGCGCGUGGGUGUGAGGCGAUGGGAGCAGAUGGCAACCUGAUUGGUCCAGGGUGUUGGUGCCUCUGGGUCUUUCCCCUUCUGGUCCUCCUCCUCCUCCUCCUCACAAAGUACUUCUUACAUGUUAAUUUUCAUGAUGGCUUCAUCUCAGGAUCACUGCUGCUGAGGAUCCUCCUGGUGGGCCGAACAGGCAGUGGGAAAAGCGCCACGGGAAACAGCAUCCUCUGCCGGCCAGCCUUCGAGUCCAGGCUGGCCACCCGGCCGGUGACCAGGACCUGCCAGGGGGAGAUGGGCAGGUGGAAUGGGAGGGACAUCCUGGUGGUCGACACGCCCUCCAUCUUCGAGGCGGAGGCCCACAGCCAGGAGACCUACAAGAACAUCGCCGACUGCUACCAGCUGUCUGUCCCCGGGCCCCACGUGCUGCUCCUGGUCACCCAGCUGGGGCGCUUCACGGCCCAGGACGCCGUGGCGGCGAGGAGGGUGAAGGAGGUGUUCGGGGCCGAGGCCAUGGAGCACACGGUCGUGCUCUUCACCCACGGGGAAGACCUGGGGGACGAGUCCUUGGACCAGUACGCGGCCGGCACGGACAACCCGGGCCUGCGCCGGCUGCUGGCCGAGUGCGGCUGGAGGUACUGCGCCUUCGACAACCGCGCGGCGGGCGAGCAGCAGCGCGGGCAGCUGGCCGGGCUCAUGGCGGUGGUGGAGCGGCUGCAGCGCGAGCGCCAGGGCUGCUUCCUCAGCAACGAGCUCUUCUUCCAGGCGCAGGGGCUGAGGCCGGGCGCGGGCGCCGCGGGCCGGGACGCCUACGGGCUCUUCCUGGCCAAGGUGCGGGCGCACGUGCACAGGCAGAAGCAGGCGCUGCGGCGGGACGAGCGGCGCCGCCAGGUCCGGGCGCUCCUCGCAGGCCGGGGCUGCACUUUUUGUGAAGUCUGUGCCGUUCUUACCUGGGGCGGCUUUCUGCUUACUCUUAUCGUGCUGAUCAUAUAUUAUCAGGCCUGAUGCUCUGUGUGGUAGGGAUUUGAAAAUAGAUCACCUCCUGUACUCACAGCUCUAAGUACCCCGGCCGGAAGGUCGUUCUCACGUCUGUAGAGGGGCUGCUGGUCUAGGCAGCUCCCCUUUGCCCUUCUUCCUCACAGACUUCCGGUUUGGUUCAGAACUCCAUCCUCAGUUACAGGGCUGUUUUGUCUAAAUACAAUGCCUGGGACCACCACAUGACCCAGCUAUCCCACCCUCAGUAUUUACCCUGAAGAUCAAAGUCAUCUUACUGCAGUGAUACAUGCACACCCAUGUUCUUAGCAGCACAAGUCACAAUGGCAAAACUAUGGAA